GUUUCAGCACCGUGCUGUCACAGCAGGCAGCAGAAACGGCCUUUGUUUUUAUUAACUACAUGUAUGGGGAAUUGUAAAUACAUUGUUGGGGUGUGCUGCAUUCCAGUUACACCGGGAUUACAUACUGGUUUUAGGUUCGCUAUUUUACAUUCUUUCUAAAAGCUUACAAACAAUAUGUUUAAGCUCAGAGCUUAAAAUCGUAUCAAUAGGCAGGAUUUGUGUGGAAGGGUUGUUGAGUUUGUUUUGUGUUCACGUAAAGCCAAACUUGAACAAAACAUGCAAGAGAAUCCUAAUGUAUAAGGUAUUUGCCCACGCCACACACACAGAAAAAAAAAAGUCGAUCAGGGAUGUUUGAUUAAUGGAAAGUGGUGUCCGUUUCUUAUCGGACCAUGCGCCGCCCACACACAAGUUUGAUUCCCAUAACAUCAGCACAGUGCAGUCUUCUCGACAACAUCUGAUAAGGCACAAGCCGUUUGAAAAAAUAAUCUUUUUAAAACGUUGUUUAUUUCCACCAAACGCGGUCUCUGCCACUCCAAUCAGCGGCAGGAUGAAGUCUGAAGAGGCGUUUCCUUCCUCCUGUUACUAGUGCAAGACAAUAAGCGCCUUUCAGUCAGGGUUCAGUCUGAGUUUGGGUCCAUGGGGCAGGGGCACAGCGUACCCACAUCACGGGAGGGACAUGUUUAAAAUGCGCUUCGUCUUCUGCAGCAGCCCCGCCGCUAAAAACACUCAACUGGGAUAAGAAACUGCAGCUGCAGCGAAGUGUGUGUUUUUUGUACCGAGAGCUCCAGACGGGCAGGCAUCUGUGAUUUAAACAAGCAACAUUGCAUGCAUUUAAAACAUAUUUUUUAUUUGUAUUCUUUGCAUUUUGUUUCAAAAUCUUUCCCUGCAUUAUUUCAUUUCGUUUCUGUUUGAAUGACUGGGCUCUGUCUCUCUCUGUUCCCUUCUUUUUUGAGUACAUUGCUAAGCAACACAGGUUGUUUUUAGUGGAGAUUCAAGCGGAAUAGCAAUUUCACAGAAAGGGACAAACUGAAACGUGGUGUUUAUAAUAAGCAAAGAAAACACGUUUUGCAUUUUGAAAAACGUUAGAACAAUGGUUGGCAGACUCAACCUGCAGGAUAUCCCUGGUGAUCCCUUGGAUAUGAAGCGGAAAGCGGAGAGAGUGCUCGACAGCCCGGACUCUGGGCUGCCCCCCAGCCCGAGCCCUAGCGCCUGGCUUCUGUCCCCGGUCAACGGCGAGAAGGAACUGCUGGAACCAGAGACCAGCGGGCGAGCAGUGGUUCCUCUGAUUCCCAGACUGUACCCUCUGUCUUUCGGGGAGGGAGUUGAACUUGACCCACUGCCAGCUAAAGAAAUCAGGUACACCUCCUCAGUCCACUAUGACUCCGAUCGUCACUUCAUCCACGAUGUGUUCUUCCUGCCGGUGGGUCUGGCCAUGGCAUCCUGCAGCCAGACUGUGUUGGUCCUGCCGAGCUGCACCUGGCGCAGGUACAAGACGCAGGUGGAGUUGCAGCCUCGGCAGCGGGCACAGCGCUACCAAAGCACCACCAUCGUGUACCCCAAACACGCCCGGGCCGUCUACACCACGACUCUGCAGUACGACUGCCAUCGGCUCUCCAGGCGCUUCCUGUCCAGCGUGGAGCUUGAGGCCGUGGACCGCACCCUCAGGCCCGGCUACCACUGAGCCGGGCAGCCGGUGCAUUGUGAUCUGGGGGCUUUGCCAGCCGUGCCCAGGAGACUGUUUUCAACAGCAAUGCCUUGGAAAUGAGUUGCUGCAUCUCGAGACGUUUUCUGUUGAGAUUUAGAAUUUAAAAAGAAAAUACCACAAGGGACACUUUGAAGGUGCAUGUGCCUUACGGUUUUAACCUUUUACUAUUUUUGUCAGAAUUUAGUCUAACAUUUCGUCAAUCUGCAAACCAGCAACUGCUAUCCAUGACCGUAUGCACUAGUUAAUAGAGGUUUUAAAGGACCUGUGUGCAGUAUGGGAUACAGAUGAGCAGGGGACACACUGGAGGAAUCAGACUAUUCUAGAAGGAGUUUAAGAUACUCUAUUGCUCAGAUUUCAGGGUGCCUUUUAUCUGGUGUCAAAAAUCAAUAGGCUGUGCUUCUGCAGCAAAUACCAAAUGCUAUUGUGCUUAGUGAGGAUUCAAAUAACCAAAAGGCUUAUAGAAGAGUAAGAGUGCAGAAAAUCCAUCCUAUUGUAAGUUAUUUUGUAUUGUAUUUCUGUUCUGACUUUAUAAGCACUACACUCCUGGUAUGUUACUGUUUCUGUUGCUUGGUUUAAAGGUGUAGUAUCCCAUACAGUAAAUACAUGGCUUCAGUUAAUCUGAAACGUGGUGGGGUCCAACGUAACACAACGUAACGAGACUGGCAAAGUGAAUGCAGUUGUACAGAAGUAGUGAAGGGCUGGUUGUUCUUGUGACAGGACUGUGGUCAUGUAACUCUGUUCCCAGAGCCAUGGUAGAAAUGAAAGGGCAGUACCAGAUUGAGAUACAGUGAUGUGGUCGAUGGCACAGGUGAAAUGCACAUGUCAGCUAGUUUUUAUGCAGAUACUGUUUCCAGAAUUUGAGACUGAUGGGAUAUGCGAGAUUCCUGCCUUUGUGUUUUUCCCAUCGCUUCCCCUCCGCCUCCUUUGCAGCAGGUUUCCCUUUUCUUAGGGGUGUCGGACGCUGUUGGGUCUCCGAGUCUCUGAGACAGAAAGCUUAAACACAAGCUAAAAUCCUGCCCUGUUUUCUAUCAAUAAACCAUUUAAGUUAUACAUUUGCUGUUCUCUGAAUACCCAAUUAACACCUUCCUAUUUUCAAGACUAAGAAGGUGUGAUCAUUUGAGAAGCUUCUCAUGCUCUGACCAAUGCCUUUUAUAUUUGUUCUAAAUAUUCAAUAGCCCUUGAUGUUAAAAUGAAUAUUGAUAUAUUGUCCAUUUUUUUGUUUUCUUUCUGUUCCUUAUGUUGGAUUUUAAAUGUAAGUAAUCUCUGUUAUCAGUAAUACAUGCACAUGAAGAUUAAAUGAAUACAAGCACUUCA